GCGGCACAGCGGCGAGCGACAUUGAGAGCAGCUGAGAGCGACCCUAUUCAUAUUUUUCUCCUUUACUCCUUGAAGUAGAGGAUCCUCUAUCUUGAAAGUCAUUUCAUCCAGGAUAUCGUGCGGCGAGUCAUGUCGUGUGGAAACCCUGCAGUGGAAGGCGACGCCCUUAUGCCUCGGCGUAAGAAAUAUGACAAGACGAAGUUCUGCGUGAAAUGCAAAGAAGCUCAAGGUAGUAUUGUCAUUCGACAUGCCGUAUACUGCAAAGACUGCUUCUCCCCUCUGAUCACCCACAAGUUCCGGAGAGGGUUGGAGCCUUCUGUGAACCAGAAAGCAGACGGGCCUCGUCGUACCGCUCUGAAGCCGGACGGCAACCUUUUGGUCGGGUUCUCUGGCGGACUCGGCUCAACUGUCCUUCUCGAUCUCGUACACCGUUGCUAUGUCAGCAUGGACCAAUCUACGAUGCCCUCCGAUGGGGGCAAGAACCACCCUCGGCACGAGAAAGUCUGGAAUAGGGUGACGGUCUGCUACGUCGAGAUCAGUGGUGCGUUUCCUGCGAUGCGUGACAGGACACCUGACGUAGAGCAGUACGUGGCAACAUACGAAGGGCUGGACUUUGUGUCGCUGCGCUUGCAGGAUGCUUUCGAUCCAAACUGGUGGAACGCUGUACACGCCUCAAGCGACGACCAAAGGUUUGCCGCAGAUAUGACCAGUGAAGAGCUCCGGCUAUCAAAGCUCGCCUCCACUUCAACCUCUACGCCGCUACAGUCCCUCCAUUCCUACCUCGCAUCCUUACCGACUGCCACCGCUGUACCCACCGCCAUCGAGACGCUGGUCCGGGUACUGCUACUACAUACUGCGCUGCAGACCGACUCGUCUCAUCUCGUUCUUGGGACGUCCCUUACGAGUCUGGCCGUCUCCCUCAUAUCUGGAGUAUCGCAAGGUAGAGGAUACAACCUGAAGGAAGAGAUGCAAGAAGAGUGGAUGCCUGACGCGGAGGUCGCCAAUCUUCGCAGCGAGCAAGAACAAACAUCGCACGACACAAAGGAAAGGAGGAGUGCGAGGGACGGACGCCGAAAGGGAUAUGUCAGGGUGGUCAGGCCACUUCGAGACGUUGGGCGCAAGGAAUGCGCGUUAUGGGCCCGAUGGAGGGACGUGACUAUCAUUGGCAAGGAGCCUUGGCCAUGGUCAGGAGCCAAGCAAGGUAUUGGUGCAUUGACAAGAGAGUUCAUCACUGGUCUGGAGAAAGACUAUCCGUCGACUGUGUCGACGAUCGUCAGGACGUGUACGAAGGUCGAACCGAAGGGCGAGUCUGCGGGGCUGUGCGCCUUGUGUGCACGACCGAUGCAGGAAGGCCUCCAAGAGUGGAAGUCGCGCAUAUCAAUACGCUCUCGCGACGCCUCACAUGAUACCCCGCCUUCAGCCUCCGCAUCGCUGACACCGCACCUAUGCUACGCAUGCCAUAUAACACUGACAAGUCGUAGUAGUCGACCCGCGCCUUCGCUGGGAUUGACGCCACCAGCACUGUCUGAUGUCCCGCUGCCUGUAUGGGUUGGGUCGGGGAUGCCUCGGUCGGCGAAGUUGAGCGAGCAGCAGAUGAAGGAAGUCGUACAGGACUUCCUGCUGGAGGAUACGUAGUACAUAGCGUCGACGACGUCCCCACAUCUCUUGUUCCUGGCUCUUUCGUUUCGUAUACUCUACUAGUGUGUGGCUGCCGUGGUCUUGGUGUGACCUUUCUCUAUAAGGCAACUUGGCCCAAGCCGUCCCGAGUCAUUCUCGUUCCUGUGUCGAGUCAGUUCAGAGUCACUCGAGCUCGUUCUUGUGCGCGAGCUUGGC